CACUUGUCGCGGACCUCCAUGCAACCUCCCGUCCCAAUCCUCACCCCGUCCGCAUCCACACCACACAACCUUCGCCGCCUAACAUCCUCUACUGCCUAUGAAGUCUAUGUAAUAGCACCAGUUCGCGCGAAGGUUCUAAGGACUUACUAUAGUGUCUCUUCGACAGCUGAGCCAAUGGUUCUUUCCUACUGGUAUCGAGCCCUUGGUGGUUCUAGUAACUCGGUCGCAGCGGCGUUGUUGUCGUAAGCAGCUAGGGCUUUCGAGCGGAGGCACGGCAUCAAGUGGUCGAUCAGAAGGAAAGCGCGAUCCACUUUCCCUCAGCCCGACCGUGGCGUCAGUAGCGUGCACAGAGGGCAGGCCAAAAUCGAGUACGCUGGAUCUGGGUCGUGACAGGGCGGCAGUGGCGGCGGCAUGGAGGUGGGGGGCGGCGUGCGGUCAGCGUCGAAGAAGAGGCCCGAGCCAGGCAGCGGGCCGGAGCGGCGGAGAUCGGGGGGGCGGCAGCGGAAGAAGAUAGAGAUGCUGCAGAUACGGUACAGGCGGCGUCGUUUCCUGCUGCUGCUGGCGCUGCUGACACUGGUGGCACUGUUUGCGUGGUUUGGCGAUGACAUCAUGUCACGACUAGAGGCGGUGCUCUCCUCUGACGGCACGCACCGCCGCCUGCUGCUUCCACGCCGCACACGCUCCCUCAUCCCGCCGCCACUCGCCACGCGCUCGCUGCUGCAGGCGGGGGCAGGGGGCGACGGCGCACGGGCACCAGCGCAGGGGGAGGGCGAGGGCGGCGCAGCAGAGGGGGGCCACGCGCACACGCAUGGGCGGGAGGCAGCGUCCCUGUGGCCUGAGCCCGCCCCUCAGGGCUGGGUGGCGCAUGCAGGCGUGCGGGAAACUGGUGUCUGGCCUGGUAAGGCUCCGCCACCUGCCCCUCCCACUCACUGGUUAGCGCACAUGGAAGCUCACAAGGCGAGAUGGCAGGAGCAUGUUGACGUGAAGCGACGUGUUAGUAGGGCUGAAACAGCAUGGCCACCACAUGGUGGGCCUCUAGUCCUCCGUGCCCAGCGCCCCAUUCAGUGUCAGCAUGUUUCUCGCCCUCGCCUCACUUGCCUCGCACUCUCCCCGCCAUCGGGGGAGAGCAAUGGCUUCGUGGUGGUGAGGUGCAACGGAGGCCUCAACCAGCAGAGGAGCGCGAUAUGCAAUGCAGUGGUUGUUGCACGCAUCAUGAAUGCUACUCUAGUGCUGCCACGCCUUGACACCAACGAGUUUUGGAACGACACAAGUGGGUUCGCCACGGUGUACGACGUGGACCACUUUAUCGCCUCGCUUGCGCCCGAUGUGCGCAUUGUCAAGGACCUGCCGCCAGAGGUUGCGGCGGACAAGCGAGCCAAGCUCAUUCGGCUGCGCCCACCCCGUGAGGCGCCAGUGCAGUGGUACGAGAAGGAGGCGUUGCGAGUGCUGCGGCGGCGGGGCGGGGUGUACCUGACGCCGUUUGCGCACCGCCUGGCGGAGGAGCUGGGCAACGGCAGCGUGGCGCUGGAGCUGCAGCGCCUGCGGUGCCGCGCCAACUUCCACGCACUGCGCUUCCACCCCGCUGUGCACGCGCUGGCUGGUACCGUGAUGGCGCGCAUGCGAGCACGCAGCGCUGCCAUUGGCAUGGAGGGGCGCUUCAUCGCCGUGCACCUACGCUUCGAAAAGGACAUGCUGGCCUUUGCAGGGUGCUUCAGCAUAUUCUCAGAAGAGCAGCAGGCGGAGCUGAGGGCGUACCGGGAAGCCAACUUUGCAGAGAAGGAGCUGGAGCAGUCAAGGAGGAGACGAAUCGGCAAGUGUCCUCUCACACCACACGAGGUCGGUCUCACGCUGCAGGCCAUGGGCUUCCCCAACACCACCCUUCUCUAUCUGGCAGGGGGUGCAGUGUAUGGGGGUGAAGCCUUCAUGCGGCCCCUGCAGGAACUGUUCCCCAACAUAGUGCGGCGUGCGGAUGUGGCGACAGCGGCGGAGAUGGAGGUAGUGGAGGGGCAUGGCAGGGCGCUGCUGGGGCAGGCGGUGGACUACAUCGUGUGCACCAAGGCCGAUGUGUUCAUGCCCAGCUAUGACGGUCCCAGCAACUUUGCCAAUAAUGUGCUGGGGCACCGCCUCUACCUGGGAUUCCUACCGUCACUGAGGCCCGAUCGCCGCUCCCUGUCCCGUGUGCUGGACGAGAGGGAGGCGGGCGGCAUAACAGAGGAAGUGUUUGGUCCGGCCGUGAAGAACGUGCUUCGAAAGAUACCAUCCGCUUCACCCUUCCCCCGGCGCUACGGUCACAUGUCUUUCUUCGCCGACCCGUGGCCCGAGUGCUUCUGCCAACACUCCAGCGCAAGCUCCAAUGCAGAGGGCCUGGGAUCAAAUGGUAAGACGCGGUCACAGGAUGAAUGCCCCCAGCAUGAUGCUCAAGGGGUAGCGCUUGUCUGAGGGCGUCAUUCCUACUUGAUAGUGUUCAGUACCAGGAAACUGAGGCAGAACACUGUACCUGUAAUAAAGCACCAAGUUCAGCAUUGUUAUGAUAAUCUCCGGAUAGAAGUCAAAUAAUGGA